AUGGAACAAGUCCCUUAUGCAAAUGUAAUAGGGUCAAUUAUGUAUGCCAUGAUUAGCACCAGACCUGACCUUUCCUUUGCUAUGUCAUUGCUGAGUCAUUUUAUGUCAAAUCCUGGGUCAGAACACUGGUCAGCUCUUAAAUGGGUUCUGAGGUAUAUUAAUGGCACUUCUCAUAUUGGUUUGGAAUAUUGUAAAAGAUAUAAUUCACUUGAUCUUGUGAGCUUUGUAGAUUCUGAUUUUGCAGGGAAUAAAUACACAAGAAAAUCAAUCACUGCUUAUGUCUUCACAUUGGGAAGAAACUAUGUGAGCUGGAAAUCCCAGCUCCAACCUAUUGUGGCACUCUCCUCAACUGAGGUAGAGUAUGUGGUUGUUGCUAAUGUAUUCAAGAAAGCACUAUGGCUCCAAGGAAUACUAACUGAAGUGAAUUUGAUUGAUGGAGUAGCCACAAUUUAUUCAGACAGCCAAAGCGCCAUUCACCUGAGCAAGAAUCAUGUCUAUCAUGACAGGACCAAACAUGUGGAUGUGAGAUUUCACUUUGUCCGAGAUCUAGUUGCCCAAGGAUUGAUCAUCUUGAAGAAAGUCCUAACUGAAGAUAAUCCUGCUGAUAUGGGUACCAAGAUUGUCACUGUUGCCAAGUUCAAGCACUGCUUGAACCAACUAUCUGUCAAGUAA